AUGACACAGCCAGACCCAAACUGGAACCCGCCUCGCGGACCCAGAAACCGCUAUCCACACCGACGCGGCCACGUCCAAGCAUCAAGUGAUCCAAACCCCGCCCCGCAGAUCCUGCAAUCUCAAAGUCAGCAUACUGAGUCGACUCGGAACGCGCUGCGGAAUAGCGAUCCUUUCCAGUACGAUACGCAGACGAUGCCGUACUGGGACGAUGCAAGCGGCGCAAUCCACGAGAUGUCUAAUGCAACACCCCGAAAUCUAGAUCGAGCAUACGCGAAGAACUCUGGUGGUGGUGAGACUGGAACUACUACGCAUGGCCAGCAACAGCAGGAUCAAGUUGCGGGUCUUCAAACGUACGGUCAACACCAAUGGCAUAAUCCCCCACCAAAGAACCAACCGAAGACCGCUAUCAAAGACAACAAAGGCAAUAGGCGAGAUUUCACGCCCUACUUCGACGCCGCAGACCCACGGAACCACACCGACCUAAGAAGUCCAGAUAAAUACAACUUCCUCGGCACAAAAGACGUGAAUCAAAAGCUACGCCAGGACACAACCGAUGCGAUCAAACUAGCAACAGAGAAGCGAGGAAAGGUGAAGGCAGACCAGGCUUUACCAUCGCUACCUGAACAUGAGGCCCAGACGCCAGUAAAGAGGAAGAGCGCGCCUCUUCCCCCCAUUCUGCCUAGAUUCGCUUUCGAGAACCCAACAAUAAUAUCGGCGAAGCAGGCGAAAUCUCGAACUGCUUCGGUGAGGAAGGGUGCGGAAACUCCAACCCAAUACACCACCCCCCUUUCUGCGAUCAACGAAGCGUCGUCUCCGCUCAACAAAGAAUCGAACAAGCGACGAAGUGUCGACCGCACACCCACGCUCGACCGCGUCCUCGCUCUCCGCGCAGAAGAACAAGCGAAGGCGCUCGCGAAACUCCAAGGCGAUGUGCUAGAAGAACAGGCUGUUGAUGACGGCGAAAAACAUAUCCCCCGCGAGUUGGUCAAGCGGAUAAGUGACUCGGAAAGUCGGUGUAUUCCUAGAGUCACGUCGCGGGAAGAGAAGAGGCAUGCGUCUGAGUUUGUUCCGGGUAUGGAGGUGCUGGGAGUGGAUGAGCGGGAGGGGGGUUGUGUGAUGUAUGAUAGGGAUGUUCGAGCGAAGGAGGAGGAGGAGGAUGGUGCUGGUGGUAGUGUGUAUAGCAGUGUCGAUAACACGCAGGAAGAUGAGAUCGAGCAGUUGACAAAGGCGAUAGCGGGGUUGAAGCCGUUUCAAAAUCUACCGCCUCCAUCGUCGUCGCCGAAGAAGAAAGCGUUCGAGCGGCAGAGCGCUGUGCCGGUGGGUUUGGACGUGGGGAGAAUUGGAAGGGGAAAAGGGAGGUUGGAGGAUACAGCUGGAUCGAAGCUAGAGCCGGAGGAACUAGGUGGACGAACGCAAGUUGAGGCAGAAGCGGAGCUGCUCCAGGUCCUCAAUGCGACGAAUGAAGGGACUGGUGGAGGUAGCGCGGGCGUAGGAACGUCGCAGGAGAAUUCGUCAGCUGAGUCUUUUGCGACGGUUUCUUCGGACGAUUACGAACAAAUUCGGGCGGAGGAUGAGCUGGCGUCGGAGCAGAAUGGCGUGAAGAGGCGGUGGUAUAAGGGCUUUCGGAAGGUUUGA